GCGCCAGCGAGCGGCGAUGUCGAGCCUCCUCCUGAAGUGGCUCAACGACGACCUUCAGCUGUCGCAGUACAUUGAGUGCUUUGAAAGUGACUUUGCCAGUGGAUACUUGCUUGGAGAGAUCUUGCAUCGAAGUAACCAGCAGCACAACUUUACCGACUUUGUGCCGACCGAGACUUCGGAUGCCAAGAUUGUCAACUUUUCCCUCCUGGAACCCACCAUUCGCAGCCUCGGCAUCAAAUUCGAUGCAGUCACGGCGACAAACGUGAUGAACCAACAAGCUGGUGUCGCCGCCAAACUGCUCUACCAGAUCAAAGCAGCGGUGGAACGAGUGCGGCGGUCAGGGACAGUUUCGAGUCGACCCCAUGCCAUCGGCGGGGUACUGCCGAUUCACAACAUCCCGUCACGCUUGCCGAAACAUUCGUACGAGGAAGGGCAACACCGGUCGUUCGAACACACGAUCCGAGUUCAUGUCAAAGCCGUAGAAGUGCUGGCGCAGGAAAAGGCAGCCAGGGCAGCCCAGGUAGCCACCACCGCCGCCAUCGCGCAAGCCAAGGCAGAUGACAUCGAAGCGCUGGCUGCCACGCGACAACAACGCCUCCACUUGACCAAAAUCCAACGCGAAUUCACCCAAAGUGCGAAUGAGGGCGAGACAGAGGCGUGGACGGCAGCGCAAACAAAGCGCGUUGAACGGGAGCAACGCAAAGCGCGAUACGAUACCUUUGUCGCGCAACGCCAAGCUGCCAAACGAGUCCGUGACGAGGAAGCCGCACGUACCCAAGUGGAAUCUGGCAUCGGAACAUUCGAAGGAACACACUUCGCCAAGCCAGACGACACGACGACCAAACGACGAACGAAAUGUUUGCCCAAGCAAAUCUCCAUCGGUUAUGGCGUUCGGUCGCUGUCUUCCGUGUACGCCAAGAUCGACGUGGCAGUACCCGACACGUUGCCAGCCAGUCGUCAGUAUUCUCAAACCAACGACGACCAACCAUCAAGCAAACAACCACAACACGUCGACGUCGCCCGCCAGAAACGUCUGCAACGAGAACUUCGCUGCGACUUGGCGGUGAAGCGUCGGGCGAAAUUUGUCAAGCAGUCCGACACCCGGCAGCGGCAACGGGCUGAAACGCUGGACCUCCACAGCCUCGAAACCGCGCUGCUGCGACCGACGACGUCGGAACUGGCCGUCGAAGCCACGCGGCGCAACGUACUUACAUACAUGGACGUGGUCGUGGCGAAUCGCGAGUACCGCGAAGGCAAAUACGCCAAGCGCCGCAAGCGAGACGAGCUGGAGGCGAUCACGCGCGAUGCGUCGGCGUAUGGCAUGAUCCACCAUCGAUAUACAGAUGCCGUGCUGGCUCAGAACGAGCGCUACGAUCGCCUCUCGGGGGCUAUGGAUGCCGCCACGUCCAAACGGCAUCAAGUGUUUUGCUCGGAGGUGUUGGAUCGGGUGCUGGACCUUGUCCACGAGGCUGCCACGUAUCGAACGACGUCGACGUGGAUUGCCCCGGCAGACGAAUUCAUACCGGACACAGUGUGGCAAGAGUUCAAGGCGUUCUUUGUGAACGCCACUGACGCCGAGUUUCCGCAGUGGCACAGCCCGAGUUUCCACGCGCUAUUGGAUGGCCACGAAUACUCGAACCAUGUGGACAGUACACGUACGACCGCGACAGCAUCGCUAGCCCCCACAUUACCGACACCAGACACUUCUGUGACAAGCGGAGGGGGGCCUCCAUUUAGCCGAGGGCCUCUUGUUGCCUCGCAAGUGCUCGGAGAAGUGAUCAAGUACGUUCGAGUGAUCACGGACCCUCUCCCAUCGCCGCCCAAGCGACCCGAGCUGCCACCAUUUGCCCUCAAAAUCGUGUUGUUGGGCAAGCCGUUUUCAGGUCGGAAAACGCUCAGCAAACGGCUGUGUGCCACGUACAACCUCGCGCCGUUGUCGGUGCACACGUUGCUGGACAGCGCCAUCACCCAACAAACCGAGCUCGGAAAACGCGUGAAGAACUUGCUGCAGGACGGCAAGGCCGUGCCGAACGACGUGUACAUUGCUCUACUCCACGAUGCAUUGGUCGCCCUAGGGAGUGCCACGCCCGUUGUGCAGGGCUGGGUGCUGGAGGACUUUGUCUGUGAUGUGGACGAAGCCAGGGACUUGGAGAGGCUCCUCAGUGGUGUCGUGCCGGGGGAGCUGCCACGGACGGCGUCCGAUCGGGCGUCGUCGUUGGCCCCCGGGCAGCCGGACGCGCCACUCCCGUCGACGUUUUUUCAAGGCAAGUCGGGGCUCGACAUGGUGUUCAUGCUGCCAAUCCAACGCACGACGUUAUACCGGCAUUGUCUCGGCAAACUCAUCGAUCCAGUUACCCACGCGCAGUUUCACAUUCGGUCGAACCCGCCGCCGGAAAAUUCGACCAUGCGAUACCGCCUGCAGCUGUGGAGCGAUGGCAUCAUCGCCCCCGAGAACCUAUCGCUCCACGCCCAAAGCCACGACACGACCGAGGCGGGCAUCUUGGCAUGGUUCCGCCAGUACGGCACGCUUCGCCACGUGGACAGCAAGUGCUCGGACUUUGCGUCGACAAUAUGCGACCAUGUCGACCACUUCCUCACGGACGCCGCAGCCGCCCGCCACCAAGCCGACCGGUUGGUGGAGCUCGCCGCGGCCAUGGCGCUAGGCGCGGAAGAGUUCCGAACGCGCACGUUGGCCACGUUGGACGCAGCAAUUGGUGCGGCCCAAGCCGAAGACGCAACUGCGACAGCGUCGCUCAAGGCCGCAGAAGAUGCCAAGGCGAAAAAAGACGAGCUCGCGCCGCUCAAAGCGGCCGCAGACACGGCCAAAGGCGCCUUGGACCACGCGGUCGCGGCCGCAACGACGUUUCUGAGCAAGGCAAGCCGACCCACGACGUCAUCGGUUGCGUCGCCCAGUGUGGCCGCCGUGGAGCCUCUCGCCGAGUACGUGGCGACGCUGUGGGCCACGACAGAACGGACGUACGAGACGGUGCUCCAGCGGUGCUUUGCUGGAUUCCGUCGCGUGCGCAUGCUGGCGUCAUCCCAUCGCGUCCAGAUCGUGUCGUCGUUUUGUUCGUUCGUUCGACGGGUGGACACGAGGCAGUCGGUCGUGGAUUCGUUCCAGGCUGACUUCAACGCUGUCAUAGAAGACAUGCGCUUCGACGUGGCCACGCAAGCGGAGCUCCACGUGCGCACAGACACCCUCCAAGACGCGCUGCUGUCGCUCAUCGAGGCCAAGGGGGCGGACACGGCGGCCGAACUCGGGCGGAUGCUGCUCGCGGACGGGUGGAAGGACGUUCUGACUCAAUCCGUGGUUCUAUUGGGCCAAACCUGCCUCCAAGCGGAAGUCGAUCGCUACUUUGCGUCGGUGGCGAUUAUCGCAGAUGCCAUUCAAGGACACGAACUCGGGCUGGGGAAACCGCUGGAUGCUGUGGCGGACGGAACCCCCGCCUCGUCCGGUGACGCUGCGGCGGCGAUGCUACCGCCCCUCCUCUUUACCAAAGAAGCACACGUCGAAGACGAAAAGGAGGCCAAGAAGCCAGCCAAGAAGGCGGCGGUCGCUGUCGUCGAGGUGGAUGUCGCGGUCACCCCCGAGCACGAUUUGGCCAUUUUGACCCAAAACGCACUCGACGCGUGCAAGAAACUGUCGGCGCGGUUUGUGAAACCAGACGACAAAGCCAGCGACCUAACGGCCGCUCCCCCAGGCGCCACCGCCACGUUGAAGGACGCCAAAGACACCAAGGGACACAACGUCAAGAGCAAAGGGGACUUGCACCACGACAAAAGCGGCGGGGGGCUUCCCCCUUCCUUCAAAGAAACCGCUGGGAGUGCCAAUGCCGUCCGCGCCCUUGCGUUUGAGCUUGUCUUAGUACAAACUCGCAUUCAAGCCAUUGGUGCGCUGACGAGUGCUGCGCUGGGAAACAUCCAGGACGGGAUGGUCGCGCUAGAACUCGACUUGCGGCACAUGCUGACGGCGCGCCUCGAGAGAGAGCGAUCGGCCGUCCAAAGUCUCGUGGCGGGGGUUCGCCAUGCCGUGGAAAUGCAUCGGGCGUUGCCCCAUCGUCUGCUCGUACAUACGGAAGUGUUGGACCGCUACCCGCCCCAACGCCAAGAGGACCAGGACACGGACGUGCGACUUGUCAAGAGCGCGCGCAUCAUCGAGGCGCCGCCAGUGUCGCCGUACCCCAUCGUCGAGUACUUGGAUAUGGUGUACUUGUCCACCACCCAGCUGAAUGCGCUGGUCUCGAGCUUGCGGGACGUGGCCGUGGAAACCACCGGCCGGGCGGACUUCGUACCCCGCCCCGUGUUUGUCGAAGUGUUUACCCGCCUGGCGUCGACUUCGAGUGGGCUGCCGCCGGCGUGGAGCCUCAUGCACGCCCCGCAGUACAUGGAGAUGGCGUCAUAUUUUGAUCGGAAAGACUCGGGACUGAUCAAGUUGUUUCCGAACGUCAUGCAUACGUUUCAAGCCAAGCACAAGGUGGACGAAUUGCUGGCUGCGAUGGGGUUUGAUGCCAAGGCCACCACUCCUACUACUCGCAUCGCUAGUAACGUUAUCCCAGACGACGAGCCGCCCACAGCAGCACCCCAAGAGACGCCAGAUCCAACUGCAUUGUUAGACUCCUUGGAGCAGGUUACGACAUGAAAAUAGCAAUACAUGACGCACAA